AUGGAGGAUAAUGCGGCGGCACUCGACACUGUCCAGAACGCGAUUCGAGCCCUGGGUCGGGGCUUCGAUGUAAACUGCGACACGAGAUUGCUCUACUGCAAGGGAGUCGGCGGCUCUAGGGUUAUCGAGGUUGACGAAGAUCACACGAGGGAUUUGCCGGUGUUCGGGGACCUGGUUGUGCCCAACGUCCCCAGGGACGUGAGGUGUUCUCAGGGGAGCACAAAGCGCGUGAGCACCGCGAUUUGCAGUUUCCAUGAGGUUAGCUGAAGCCGUGCUCCUCGCUGUUUUCCAUCUGAAAUCGGUCCAGAUUCAUCCUUGUCUUCUUCCUUAGAUGGCAUUAGCCUGUCGUUUCUAUCUACUGCUAUCUGCGGAUCAUACUCGCAAUUGCUUUCGACAUCUACAUUGAAUAUUUCUCGGUAACCUCAUCCUAUAUUCUUCGGAAUAAAGUUAUGUUCUAUCGAGCCGGGCUAGCUGUUUCUCCACGUACGAGACGAGCCUCUUCGGCAUUAUCUUCUGGCAGUUCUUGGGUUUCUCUUAAUCUGCUUGGUUGGUUGACUCUGCCUGCUUGAGUUCUCUCUUCAUCAAUUAUCUUCUUAAGCAUUCUCACGGUUCGCACAGUUCUUAGCUUCUUGGAAGUUCCAAAUCGAUGGAAAGACUAAAGUUGAUGAUCAGUUAUUUUAUCAGCAGAGGUUUUUUGAUGUGAAGUGUUAUUGAGUUUUCUAGAAUGUUGGCUUGACGACCCUCGCACAGUUUGACCUGAUUUUCUGAGAUUCCAAGCAUCGAUCCACAUUGAGGAUGAAUAACUCUGCAUAAGUAUUUACAACUUUUUUUUUUUCCAAUUGGGCAAAUAUUCGUAGUUGUAGGACAGCUUAUACACACCAUGGGUUUAACAUGUUAUCUUUUUUGUCAACGGGUUGACCAAAGAGGAUGCCAACCGUGAAGUGACUAAAAAUUACACUAGUCAUCCCGUGAUCUCAGAUAGUUGGGACUUGAAAACUGUCAUAGGGAUGGAUCCUAGCAAAACCGAGAUCCUUCCCCAGAUAUUUGGUUGGACGCUUAUUUUUUAUGCAUCAGAUUCUUCCAAGUUUAUCUUUUUGAUCAUCGAUUAGAUCAUCUGGAAUCAUCAGUAGUUUCACACUGUCAUAAAUUUCAUGCAUUUCAUCAUCUUCCGGGGCACGCCAAGUAUAAUUCUUUUGAAAUGACGAGCUUUGACCCACACAAGUACUAAUUCCUUCCAUUUAUGUUACAUUAAUAUGAACAAGAAACACUAUUUGUGGGCAAUUAGUGCCUCUUGGACUAUGAUCUAUUCAGGAAUAUCUUUAGAAAUGCCACCAUCAUUCAAUAUGGAUUCAUGCAGAUGGCGGAGUAUUUCAACCGGAAGGCCCUGCUCUCCGGCCAUGUGCCCCUUGGAAGCUUUAAUAGUGCAUUCAGCCAUACGGGCUCCAUGGAAAUCGAUGCUUCUGCUACCAAGAGUCUUGCCAUGGACGGAAUCUUCAUCUCCUUGUGCGAGAUCCAACUGGUGAAGUACCCCUUCUCACUGCAAGAAGAGGUCAAGCGUGCUGUGCCCCUCUCAUGGGACCCAUCUUCUCUGGCAAGGUAUCGUCCUUGGUCCUGCCGCCCUCUCUCGUUCUUGCCGCCGUUCUUCACCCACUCUUCCCGUUUUUGUAGCUUCAUCAAGAACCAUGGCACCCACGUUGUCACCUCUGUGACAGUCGGCGGGAAGGACGUCAUCUAUGUCAAACAGCAGACAUCGUCGCCAUUGUCAGUCCUGGACAUCAAGAACUACAUCCGGGAUCUGGGGGAUCAGAGGUUCUCGGAUAAUGAAGUUAGUACAGCUCCAGGUCCAUUGAAAUUAAAGGAGAAGGCUAGUUGCUUUCCUUUUUUGGUCACCCAGUGAAGGUCUGUUCGGGUGCUCCGUUUUGAUGAACUGAUGAUUUGCUUUCUUGGUCUGGCAGGCUGCGGAUCCUGGCCUGUUCAACAGCCAAGGGGUGCACCCACAACCCCUGAGCUCCUCUUUUCUCGCUGGAAAAGAAGUACGUGGUUCUUUCUGACUUUUUUCUCUUUUGAGGGAUCGGAUGUGCCCACUUUUCAGUUUAUAGAAUCCGUUAUCCUGAAUCACUCCUUGCUCGUAGCACUACACCUUAUGGGGAAAAGUCAACUCCAAAGUCUUUCCCUUGGUCAACCCCUGUCGCACAUUUCUGCGCCUUAUUGAUUUCUUACCUCAAUUAAUGUGUUUAAAUGAAUGGUGACACCUACAGUUCGCCAAGUUGACUUUUCUUAAUGGACGACAGCAUCCAAUGUCCUUUCUCAACGAGUUGACUUGAGACGACAGCAUCCACGCCCGAUAAUGGCUUCUGCCUUGAGACGAGUUGACUUUUCUUCACCUACCGUUGACUGACAUCUCUCCCUUGUGGGGAAUUCCACUCGUGCAGGACGUUACUGUGAUAUUCCGGCGUCAGGGUGGCGACGAGCUUGUGCAGAGCCACCGUGACUGGACAAGAACAGCGCACCGAAUACCUGAUGUGAUCGAGAUGGGCUUCUAUCCAAUCACCUGCUUGCUUGAUGGAAUCCCCGGGAAGGACCACCUCAUUCGUGCGAUCUCGCUAUACCUUGAACGUAUGAUCAUAAGGCACCCAACUUCUCCCAACUUUUUAUUUAAAUACCCAGAUGGCUGUUUUAUGUCUUCUUCUUUUUUUCUAAAUAUUCUGCAGACAAACCUCCGAUCGAGGAGCUGAGAUAUUUCUUGGAGUUUCAGAUCCCUAGAGUGUGGGCCCCUGUGAGGAGCGACCUCCCGGGGCUCCAGCGGAAGGAGCCCGUCUGCCCAUUCUUGCAGUUCAGCAUGAUGGGCGAGAAGCUCUACGUGAGCCAAGAACAGGUAUUCCUCCUGGUGGAUUCCGCCAUGAAAGGCUCCAUCUUCUUCCCGCAGAUCUCUCCUUCAGGCGCUGAUAGUGAUACCAAUUGCAGGUGUUGGCAGGCCGUAGGCCAGUGACCGGCUUAAGGCUUUCACUGGAAGGGACGAAGGAGAACAGGCUGUGCAUACAGGCGCAGCAUCUGGUCUCCCUUCCGAGGAUCCUGGUUCCCCACUGGGACGCCCACAUUGCGACCGGUGCGCCGAAAUGGCUCGGCCCAGAGGAGCAGGACAGCCGAUGGUUCGAGCCCGUCAAGUGGAAGAACUUCUCCCAUGUGAGCACGGCUCCCGUGGGGAACAACGAGACCUCCAUCGGCGACCUGGCCGGCGCUCACAUAGUCACCGGCGCCCAGCUUGGGGUCUGGAACUUCGGGGCCAAGAACGUCCUGUUCAUGAAGCUCCUAUACUUGAAGGUCCCCGGAUGCUCAGUCAGGAGGUCCUUCUGGGAUCACAGCUCGGAGAAUCCUCCUGCCAGGGAACGUGGGGAUUCCAGUGCCCAAAGCUCGAGCUCCAAGGAUGCGAAGACGGGGUUGAGCAGGUUUGUGGACCUCUCUGAGAUGAGCAAGGGCCCGCAGGACCCGCCAGGCCACUGGGUUGUCACCGGGGCCAAGCUGGGGGUGGACAAAAAGGGGAAGAUCACUCUGAGAGUGAAGUAUUCCUUGCUGAAUUUCUGA